AGGCACGCACAGCACAGCACAGCACAGAGGAAGAUCUAAGCGCCGCGCCGCGCCGCGGCGAACAGUGAUGGUGAAGAACACAAGCAAUGGCGUCGCCACCGCGACCGCCUUCUCGGACGACAAGGCCAGGCCGGAGAGCGGCGGUGUAGGUGGCAAGUCGGCGGCGAGGCCGUACAAGGGGGUGCGGAUGCGGAGCUGGGGAUCGUGGGUGUCGGAGAUCAGGGCGCCCAACCAGAAGCGCCGGAUCUGGCUCGGCUCCUACGCCACGCCCGAGGCCGCCGCCCGCGCCUACGACGCCGCGCUGCUCUGCCUCAAGGGCUCCGACGCCGUCCUCAACUUCCCCGCCUCCUCGUCGCCGACCUCCUCCUCCUCCUCCCCGCACCACCACGUCGAUACUACUCGACACUCGGACCCGGCGGCGUCGUCGGGCGCCAUGUCACCGAGGUCCAUCCAACGCGCGGCGGCCGCGGCCGCCGCGGCAUUCGACGCGGGCCUCAUCAGCGCCAGCGUCGACGACAGGUGCUCUUCCUCCAGCGCCGGCGCAACGACGCCGACGUCCACCUCGCUGUCCACGCUGUGCAGCGCCGAUCACGUCCGGGAGCACGCGACCACGUCGUCGCCCGCCACGGCCAGCGCCGGCUCGCCGCCCGAGGGGGAGGAGCUGUGGACGGACCUGGACGCGUUCGCCUCGCCCAAGUUCAUGGAUCUGGUGUCCGCCGGCGCCGCGCCGUUCUCGUCGACGUGGGAGGACCCCGAGGACGACGGCGAUGUGAUGAGGCUUUGGAGCUUCUGCUAAAGUCUAUUGGGAGAUCAUAUCAAGCCCUGUGCAAAUGUGCAUGCAUACAAUGUUCCAUGAUUUUUCUUCUCCAUGUCAGCAUUGCAAGCUAGGUUCAUGCACGCCUAGCUUCUACCAAAGAUUCUUUUGUUUUUUUAAUAAGAUCAAAAAGAUAAAUUAUUUUUUGUA